AUGACAAGCUCCCCGAAAAAAAUUUGCCCAGCCCAAACCCAAGUACUGCUGCUGGCUAUGACCUGCCAGGUUGACCUUGACCUGACGUUGAAUACCUGGGACUUGGACGGGGUGAGCGGUGGUGGAGGUGGAGGAAGAGGGGCCCCGUUUGCUGAGGUACCUACUGCGCUCCAUCUAUUAUAUCCAGCCAUCAUCCCUCCACAACCUCGCCUCGAGCACUUCACUACCCUUCUUCUACUGAUUGAUCAUUUGCAAGCUGCCCUUAUGAACGGGCGUCCUUCAGUCUUCACCUCUCAGCUCGCCCUCUUCGUGAUACCUCUCGACCCCGCCGCCAAACUCUGUCUCAAGCUGGUGCCCAUGGCCCAAUUGAAGCUCCUUGGAUUAUCUCUCAGGUUAGCACAAUACCCUCGAUUGACUCACCGCCCCUCCAUAGUGGCACGCGAGACUGACCAUGUUUCCCACCCCCCAACAGACCACUUGUGGAAGGCUGCCAGCCCCUAA